GGGGCCCUGCGAGACUCAGCGGCAGCGAGCGCCGCCGGUGCCUAAGGGCCGGGGCACGGCGGCGGGAGGCUAGCGGCCGCCUCAAGAUGUCUCACUUCACGAGUGAGGAUGAAGCUCUGUUACAGUCCAUGCUUAGACAGUUGCUGCAGAGCGUGAAGGAAAAAAUCGCUGGAGCUCCAUCAGCAGAAUGUGCAGAAGAGAUUCUCUUGCAUUUGGAGGAAACAGAUGAGAAUUUUCACAACUAUGAGUUUGUGAAAUAUCUUAGACAAUAUAUAAAUAACAAUGUGGGACCUGUGAUUGAAGAAGAAACAGAAAAAUGUACAGCUGCUCAAAAUCAAGGUGAAGUGUCUGGCUAUGACACGCUUGUCCAACAUGUUGCUAAGAGGACCCGUGAGUCCAAAGAAUACAGAGAAAUGAUGCACGCCUUGAAGAAUGUCAUGAUGGUUGUGGUAGAAUCUUUGAUCAACAAGUUUGAGGAAGAUCGGAUGCAUAAUAAGGAGCUGGAUAGUAAAACAAAGAAAGAGCAGCAGAGUGGCUGUUACGCAGACAACUGCUCUGACAGUGACUCCUCCUUCAACCAAAGUUACACAUUCAUGAAUCAAGAACAAUUGCAGCUGCUUGUAGAAAGGCUUGACCCUAUUCAGCCUAAAGAAGUUCGCCAAGAAGCGCUGCAGACUCUCUGCUUGGCCUCUCCCUCUGAUGUACUGAACUCCGAGGGCUGGCCAAACCUGCGAAAGCAUCUCACUGUGUCUCUGUCAGAUCCUGAUGCAACGUUCAGUGAGAAAAUUCUUAGGUUCUAUGCAAAAACCUUUUCUUCUUCUCCGUUUAACAUGACAAGAGAUGUCUAUACAAGUUUAGCAAAACACUUGGAGUUGUACUUUCUUUCUGGAGAAUAUUCUCUUCGCAUUUCAGCUGGUCUGGAUGUGUCCAACACAAAUAUAUAUCGGUUGCUUAAAAAGGUCCGCCUUUUAAAUGAAUACCAAAAAGAAGCUCCCUCCUCCUGGAUUCGUCAUCCAGAGAAGUACAUGGAAGAAGUAGUGGAGAGUACCUUGUCACUUUUGUCAGUAAAAUGUGAGCCUAAUCAUCCCACCUCUUCAGAUUUUUUGGGUCCAGUCUACUUCUUGGCUCUGCUGGACAUCAAAGCAGUAUGGUUUAAAAAGUGGACGCAUGCAUAUUACAGCAGAACAGUGGUACUUAGGCUUUUGGAAAAGAAAUACAAAUCUUUGAUUAAUGCAGCUGUCCAGCAAUGUCUUGAUUAUUUUGAAUUUUGCAAGACAUCAGCUAAUAAAAAUUUCAGAGCCAGUAACUUCUCCUGGCAGCACUGUAGUGAUAAAGAGAACAUUUCCUACACUGGACCAGAAUUGCAGUAUGUGUAUUCUGUUCAUUCCCUGUGCCUUUUGGGAAGAUUGCUAAUAUAUAAGGAAAGCCAAAGUCUCUUUCCAGUACAACUGAAAACUAGAAAAGAUGGUGUAUCCAUAACUGAUCUGUUGGUAUUAUUCGCUCAGCUUAUUUAUUACUCUCCAAGUUCCCCAAAGACAGCUUUGGCAGUGCAUACAGAAAAUUACUCUACUGAAAGUCUUGUUAUGGAAAUUCUGCAAGCUCUUUGUGAUCAAACAGGAUGUGCUGCUGAAUGUUUGUACACGGACUCAGUGAUAGAUGCCCUGCUUCACCCUGUUCAAAGUUUGCUGAGUGACAAAAAGGUGCAUAUAAAUUGUCUUGAAACCACUUUAACCGAUGUAGCUGAUAUUCUGGCAAGAAUUGCUGCUGUAGAGGAUGGUCUUUCUGUUCUUCUUUAUGGAGAAAAUGAAAAAACUGCCAAAGAAGAUAGUCCUACAGCUGUUCAUGUAAUUGUUCAGUUUACAAAGAGACUCCUUCGUGACGACAUUUCUCUUUUAUCUGGAUCCGAGCUUUUGCCAGUUGUUAAAGGAGCUUUCAUUUUUGUAUGUCGUCAGAUGUACAGAACUUGUGAAGGUCUGCAGAUGCUAAUUCCUUAUGGUUUGCAUGAAUCUAUUGCAGAGGCCUGGAAAAAGACAAGUCUGCUUUCAGAAAGAGUACCCACUCCUACAACUGGGGCCGACUCAACUUCAUCACUAAGUCUAGAAUCAAAAAACAUUUUGUUAUGGGAAGAGACUUUGUUAGAUGCCUUGCUAAAUUUUUCUGCCACACCCAAAGGAUUACUUCUACUCCAUAGUACAGGUGCCAUGAAUGACUGUGUGAACUUCAUGGUCAGUAGCUUAUCAAAAACACUCCAGACUGAUGAAUAUGAAGAGUUUGGUAGCAAAGCAAUCGUCACACAAAUGGCAACAACACCAGCAGGUGCAGUAGCUCUACAGAGUUCAGGCUUUAUAAAGACACUUGUAACUGAAUUAUGGGCUCUUCUGGAAUGUGGAAAGGAUGAUGUGAGGAUAACGCGACCCAAAUCUACUCCAGUUGACCCUAUUGACUCAAGCUGUCAGAAGUCUUUCCUCUCUCUGAUAAACUUGCUUACUUACCCUGCAGUUCUUGAGCUUCUGAGUAAACAAGAUAUACCAAAUAAACCAACAUACUCACUCCGUGAAGUACCUACAGCUAUUAUUGAUAUCAUUGACAGGCUUAUAAUUUUGAAUUCAGAUGCGAAAAUCCAUUCCUUAUUCAGUUAUGAACAGUCACAUACCUUUGGUCUGAGGUUGUUAAAUGUGCUAUGCUGCGAGCUCAAUACCCUUUUACUCUUGGAGACUCAGUACAAAGUGUCACAAGCUCUACUAACUGCUCAGGAGGAAAAUGUCACAGAAACUUCAGAAGGACCAGGGGAUUUUAUAAUUGAUAGUCUUUCAGUGGAGAGAAACCAUGUUCUUGUAAGGAUAAAUCUCAUUGGAGGCCCACAGGAAAGGAUUUUGCCUUCAAGAGUACUAGAUGAGGGCAGUGAUCCAUAUCCUUGGCCAAUGUUUUCAUCACUCCCUUUGCCAAAGUGCUAUCUUGCAGAACUUCCUAGGAAAGCUGAAUUCAAACAAGGUAAAGAUCUUGACAAGCUCUUAUCACUCUUAAAAAGUCCAGAGAAGCCAACGGGAUGGACAGAAAUGUGUAGAAAACAGUUCUGCAAAGUCAUGAAAGCCAGACCAGAUAACAUCAGCGGAACAAUUUUGGCAGAGUUGCUUGAAAAGUUGGUGUCACAUCUUCCUGAAAGCCAAUGGGAUUGGUAUUUCAGCACAGGAGACUACAAAGCUGUGGAUGCAGAUGUGAAGAAGGAAAACCUUUCAUCUGUGCAGCAGCUUGGUGUUGAAAUGACAGUCAGAUAUGGAAAAUAUCUCAAUUUGCUAAAAGAACCACGUGCAGAGGAUGGAUUGUGCUUCGUGUUAAUGAACUGUGAGAGAUUCCUGAAAGAGCAGCAAAGAACUGUGGUGUCUUCACUUUGCUGCCUGCAGGAGCACGACGCAGGCUAUGACUGGUUUGCCUCUUCUGUCUUCCUCAUCAUGGCAGGAGAUGGGGAGAGGACACUGAAGUUUCUUCAGCAAUUUUCACAUCACCUUACUUCAGCAUUUCUCUGGCCACCAAGACUGCACUUAUCUAUCCACCUGCCUGUUGCCACAGUGGAAUCUGGCAUCCAUCCAGCCUAUUUCUGCAGUGCUCACCACAUUGAGAUGCUGCUGAAAGCGGAGCUGCCUCUUGUCUCCUCAGCUUUUCACAUAGCUGGUUUCACUCCAUCCCAGAUUUGUCUGGUAUGGAUAACUCAGUGUUUCUGGAAUUACAUGGACUGGAUUGAGAUCUGCCACUACAUUGCUCUAUGUAUUCUCCUUGGUCCAGAUUACCAAGUGUAUAUGUGCAUUUCUGUGUUCAGACACCUACAGCAAGACAUCCUGAAGCACACUGAAGCUAAAGAUCUCCAGAUCUUUCUUAAAGAAGAAGCACUCCAUGAAUUUCGAGUGAGUGAUUAUUUAGAAUACAUGGAAAGCUUGGAGGCUAUCUACAGACCUAUGCUGCUGAAGGAGAUGAGCAGCAUAAGAGAGCAGAAUACGUAGCAAACAAGCAUUUUAUUUUCCAGUUUGGUUGAAAGGGUGUUUGAUACAUCACAUAUAUAAAUAUAUAUGAUAUUUAAUGUCAAUCUCACCUAAAGUGUCAGGCUGUAUAAACGUACAUACUGUAAAAUCUGGAGGGUUUUCAGAGUAAAGGGGUUUUAAAAUGACUUACAUUAAGUUUGAUGAGCUAAAACCUCACCUUUUUCCAGACAGGCUUUGUGCACAGCUUUGUUUUUGGUUAGCAGAAGGCAGCUUCAGAACCCACCUGUGGGAUGCUGAGGUUUCUUCCUUACAACAUGAGUCUUUCUUAUAAAGCCUUGAACCCAUUCCAAAUUCAACACAUUUCAUCAAAGAAUCAUCUUCUUGUAGCACAGUCCUAAAACCUUCAUCUGUUGCUAGAGUCUGACAAAGUGAUUAAAAUCAACUCUAUGCAUGAACAGUCAAUAAAUGAAAAACAAAUUCCCAUACACAGCUGUUCUGACUUUGUGGAUAAGGCUGAGCAGUCACAUGUGAUAAAAGACUCAUACUGCUGUCUCUUUCAAAAACUAAAUCAUUUUGUCAUGAAUUUCUUGUGUUUAUUUGUAAGCUACACCCUUUGUCUGUCUAAAUGAAUGAGAAGUCCUUGAGGAGCCCUGGAAAACAUUUUUAAAGAUGCUGUUUUCAUCCAGACAGGAAAACUGAGAAGUUUUGUCUAUGCUUACCCUUUAUCAUCAAUGAAAAGCAAGAACUAAGACUGCUUGAUGUAUUCUUUUUCUAAUACCAGUGCAGUGUAGGCAAAAUUUCAACACUGAGGUUGACUGAAAUUCUCAGUUUCAAAAGAUGGUUUCCAGUCACUAAUGGUGUCCCCCAAGGAUCAGUGCUCAGCCCAGUCCUGUUGCAUGUAACUCAGUUAUUCCAAGUUCCACAGCCCAUAUGAUACAGUGAAUUAAUUCUGUGCCAUCUGAUCUUGUUGUCUCUAAAAUACAUUUAACCAAUAAAUAAAUGUGGUUGGGAUAAAUGGAA